AUGGACCCCGAGCGCUGCGCGCCUUUCGGCGUGGGGCCCGGGCCCGGCCCUUACGCGGCCUCGGGGGACGAGCCACCGGGCCCCCACGGGACCCCCGCCGGCGCGCCUCACCUGCACCCCGCGCCGCCCCGCGGCCCACGCCUGACCCGUUUUCCGGCCUGCGGACCCCUGGAGCCCUACCUCCCAGAGCCGGCCAAGCCGCCCGCCAAGUACCUGCAGGACCUCGGGCCCGGCCCGGCGCUCAACGGCAGCCACUUCUACGAGGGCCCCGCGGAAGCUGAGGAGAAGGCCUCCAAAGCUGCCAGCUUCCCCCAGCUGCCCUUGGACUGCCGAGGGGGCCCCAGGGACGGGCCCUCUAACUUGCAAGGCUCCCCAGGCCCUUGUCUGGCCAGCUUGCGUGUCCCUCUGUCCCCGGGACUCCCUGACUCCAUGGAGUUGGCCAAGAACAAGAGCAAGAAACGCCGUAACCGCACGACCUUCAGCACAUUCCAGCUGGAGGAGCUGGAGAAAGUCUUCCAGAAAACCCACUACCCUGAUGUGUAUGCCCGGGAGCAGCUGGCUCUGCGCACGGACCUAACCGAGGCCCGGGUACAGGUCUGGUUCCAGAACCGCAGAGCGAAGUGGCGGAAGCGAGAGCGAUACGGGAAGAUCCAGGAGGGGCGGAACCCCUUCCCGUCUCCCUAUGACAUCUCUGUGUUGCCCCGAGCAGACAGCCACCCCCCGCUGCAGAACUCCCUGUGGCCCAGUCCAGGGUCUGGGAGCCCCGCGGGACCCUGCCUCGUGUCUCCGGAGGGCAUGCCCUCCCCGUGCAUGUCUCCAUACUCCCACACUCAUGGGAAUGUGGCCGGCUUCAUGGGGGUGCCGGCCUCCCCCGGAGCCCAUCCUGGCAUCUACUCCAUCCACGGCUUUUCCCCUGCCCUGGGGACCCACAGCUUUGAGUCUUCCCCAGAUGGCGACUAUAAGUCUCCAAGCCUCAUCUCGCUCAGGGUGAAAUCCAAGGAGCCACCCAGCCUACUGAACUGGACCACGUGAUCGGUUGCAUGGACAUACAGACUAAGCUGCCCAUCCCCUUUUCUGUUCCCAGCUGCUCCCACCCCACCCCAGCCUGGAUGUCAGAGAGGACACACCUCUGCCUCCAAAUCCCAGAUGGUUCUCGGAGGCCCAGGCAGAGCAGCUGGGAUCCUCAGCCUCCCGCAGGGAAUAAGCUAGAGUUUUGUUUUUUGUUUUUUGUUUUUUUUCUUAGAAUAAGAUGGAGCUGCCCAGGAGAAGGUGGGGUUCAAAGCAGGUAGGAUUCUUCCUAUUACACAUUAGGUCCCUUCAUCCAACUCUGGGCUGGAGGAAGACACUGCCCU